CCUUGCCAAUAAAGCUAACCUUCAUUAAACGUGCCGACUGCCGACUGUUGAUGUUAGGCUGUUGGCUGUUUUUCUUGCUUUUAACAUCAACUGUGAAAGGACAAAUUAAUUGAGAGUUAACAAAGAUGAAUCUUCUUCCCAAGACGCGGGAAGAAUUUAGCAAAACAGAAUACUGGAACACAUUUUUCAAGAGGAGAGGAACUAAAGCUUUUGAAUGGUAUGGAGAGUACCCCGAACUUUGUGGACAUCUUCACAAGUACAUAAAACCGCAAGACCCUGUUCUUGUUGUCGGAUGUGGCAACUCCAAACUAAGUGCUGAUUUAUACGAUGUGGGAUACAGGAAACUGACAAAUAUUGAUAUCAGUGCAAUCGUCAUCAAACAGAUGCUCCAAAUGCAUUCAAAACAACGACCCGACUUGCAGUUCAUACAGAUGGAUGUGUUAAAAAUGGAAUUUGAUGACACAAAAUUUAGUGUUGUCCUUGAUAAAGGCACACUUGAUGCAUUAAUGAGUGAUGAUUCUCCAGAAUCUUAUGAAAGGAUAAAUACCAUGUUCAAUGAAAUAGAUAGAGUUCUGAAGCCAUGUGGACGAUGGGUUUGUGUUUCACUGCUGCAAGAUCAUGUUUUGAAAGCCAUCAUUAGAUUUUUUCCAGAACGAGGAUGGAUGGUCAGAAUUGCACGCUGCAUUGAAGCAGAACAAAAGUCUGCAAAAGAAGGAGAAGCAAGUGGGCUGCCUGUUUUUGUUGUCAUAUGUACCAAAAUGCUAAAAAUGCCUAAUUUUACACCAGUAUUAGAAUUACAUCUUGGUUCUGACGGGAAAGGUGAGAGAUUUGCAAGUCCUGAAGCCCUUGUUGAAGGAGUGCAAAUGAUUCAACAAGCUGCCUUAGUCUGUAACCGUUUGGGGACUACAAAUGUUGCUAAUGAUGGAGAAGUCUCACUGGAUUUAAUGCAACCGGGAAGUACUUCUCCUCGGUUUACAGUAUAUAUUUGUGAUAGACCAUGUGCCAAUGAGGCAAAUCGAAAGUUUGCUGCAUUUGUUGUUCCUCAGGGAAGAGAAACGGAAUGGUUGUUUGCAACACACGAGGGAAGAACUUCCGUCCAGAACUCUGUGGGUUAUGAUAGAUUGGCUGUUAUUACCAUGCACCGUGGACAUGUUUAUCCCUCCUUGGAGGAGUUGCAGGAAGAACUGUCAGAGUGCAUUUUACAGAUUGCGCCUGCUGGACACAAUCGAAAGAUUCCUUUCCUAUCAGCUGGUCAAGAUGUAGGAACCCGAAAGGUGUGCUUUCAGGCUACAAGUUCUAUAUCUGGUGAUAUUAUUAUAGAAGAGGUUGAAGUUGAAGAUGAGAUUUUUCGGAGAUUAAUUUUUUUGAAGAAUCCCAAUGUAAUCCAAUCUGAAUGCAGGCUGAAAAGGGUGAAAACCAAAAAGGGUCAGCCUAAGCUAGUUGUAGACACAAGUUACUUGGGUUGUGAUCACCAUAUCUACAUGGGAGUAGGAGUUUCAAUGGCCCUAAAGGCUAAUUCAAAAUCUGGACAGAUUCUGGUUAUUGGACUUGGUGGUGGUGGACUCUGUACCUAUCUACACAAUUGUUUCAAACAGGCAACUAUUGAGGCUGUGGACAUUGACCCGCUGACAGAAAAUAUUGCCAAAGAUUAUUUUGGUUUGCCCAGUGAUGAUCGUAUGAAACUUUGUUUUGAGGAUGGUUUGGUCCACCUGAAGAAUUUAUCUCAAAAUGGGAAAGGUUUUGAUGCUGUUCUUUUUGAUGUGGACAGUAAGGAUCCUAAAGUAGGAAUGAGUUGCCCUCCCAAAGAGUUCCUGGAUAUUGAAACAUUAAAUGAUGUUGUUAAAUUGAUUGGCAGUGGUGGUUUAUUUAUUUUGAAUCUUGUAUGCCGUUCAGAAGAACUCAAGAAAGAUGUCAAAGCAAAGCUCAAGAAGGCUUUUAGUUGUGUCAGUAGUUAUAAGCUUGACCAAGAUGUGAAUGAGGUAUUUUUCUGUUCAGCCCGUAAAUUCAAGGACACUGAGGCUUUACGAGCUGAAUUAAAGUCAGCUGCUCAGAAUUUUAAUUCGAUUGUGAAGGAAAACAAAAUACAGAACAGAAAUAUUGUUGAUGUGACAGAUCUCGUAAAAAAGCUGAACAUCUCAUAAAAUUUGUAUUUUUACUUUUUGUAUGAAAUUAAAUGUGACCAAUGUUUCAAAA